CAGUGAAUUAUUUAUUCAUGAGUUGAAAUAAAUUUAUGCUUCAUGAUGCGCAUUUAAAUUAUAUGUACAAAUAAUUAUUAUUAUUUGCAAUUCGCAUUUGAUAGAUUUAUUAUUAUUGUUGAACAAUAAAUAUCUUUUAUAAGUUAAUUGGUGGAAAGACGAACUAAGAUGGGAAAACGAAUAUGCGAUGACAGGUCACGCGCUGGGAGAAUGAGUUGUAUCUACGCAUGCGUGGUCACGUGGCUCGAUAAACAGGAAAAGCUUGGUCUGGACUGUGGGAGCGUGCUGGUCCUCUUCUGCAUUUUAAGAACCUUGUGACUUCAUUUGUAAAUUAGAAAUGUCGGUUUUAGAGCACCUUGGUGUAUGUCUGUAGCAGCUUUCAUAGUAUUCGGUUUCGAUGCGACGUAUAUUGCUUGUCAUCGUUUUGCAUAACUUGCAGUUUGUUGAGAGCAACAAAUUCCGUGUUCCGACUGAUUGACAGAUGACUUGACUGUAACGAGAAACUAAAUCUACCGUUAGGCGGAUACUUUUAAACGUGGAUAUGAGUUUUCGUGCCUUAUGGAUUAUAACACACGAGAAAGGAGAGCAGGCGAUGAUAUGUUUUUCAAGGCGGUACCCCACAGUGGAACUUCGGGCAAAGGCCUAUGCAGGGGAGAAGUACGUAGCUGUCCCUGAAGACACUGCUGUCCUACGCCCCCUCAUGACUGAGCUUGGGCUGACGGACCCCGACAAAGACUUUGUGCUCGCCCGGGAUGACUGUGCUCAUCCUCAGCACUCCCCUGCCUUGGAGCUGCGUCUGGAGGGCCGAGAUGGUGGCGUCCUGUGGCCUCUGUUGACUAUGGCUCAAGGUGGACUGAUCCUGGCCUGUCUUCCCCUGGUGGAAGCUCCCCUUGAACCUCGGCCUCCUCUCCCUAGCCUGGCCUCUGUGUCCUUGGGCCUGUCUUUUUUGGAGGGCCUGCAGACUUUCCUGUGUGGCACUACAGGAAAGCUAGAGGGGGAGGCCCUAGCAUCAAAGUUGGCUCUCCUGCCCACUGUCCUGCUGCAGGUGUGUCCCCUAGGAACCCCGAGGGACACCCCGCAGGUGGGCGUUACUGCCCCACCGGGCCCCGCAGGGUCUCAGAAACAGCCAGCCUGGAAGCCUGGUCUGCAUCGGGGACGGGCCAUGGUAAAUGUGGCCGUGAGUGAGACAGUGCGGUCCAUGCAGUACGGCAGCCCCACCAUGCAGGACCAGUGGGAUGUCUAUGGGACUGUGACCUGCAAGUGUGAGGUAGAGGGGGUCCUGCCCAAUGUGAUGGUCACCCUCUCGUUACCCCCCAACGGCUCCCCGUUGCAGGACGUGCUGGUCCACCCAUGUGUGACAUCGCUGGACUCUAGCAUCCUGACUGCCAGCAGCGUGGACGACGCUGACGGCUCCUCCUUCUCUGGCCCGUACAAGUUCCCCUUCUCCCCACCCCUGGAGCCCUUCCGUCUCUGCAGUUACACAUCCCAGGUGCCCGUCCCCCCCAUCCUGGGCUCUUACCAGCUGAAAGAGGGCAGCCACCUGGGAGUGACCCUGAGCCUCAAACUGCACGAGAGCGUUCGCAACAGCUUUGAGUACUGCGAGGCCCACCUGCCUUUCUUUAACAGGGGCCCUUUGAGCAAUGUGGACGUGAAGGUGAGUUCAGGGCAGCUGGAGGUAUCCAAGGAAAAGAGCAUGUUGGUCUGGGUGCUGGGUCAGAAGUUUCCUAAGAGUCGGGAAGUUUCACUUGGGGGCAACAUGAGUUUCUCUGAGCAGCUGUCAGGACCGACUGACCCGCUUUGUACAGGCCUAACAGCCUAUGUUAAACUGCAUUUCCGGGUGCCGGACUUGACCCUGUCUGGCUGCUCUGUGGACCAGCAUUCAGUGCAGGUUUACUCAUCUGCGAAGCCUCGUAUCACCACCUCUCGUGAGCUGGUGUCCUCCGAAUACUACAUCUGGAACUGCACUGGCGACGCCCCCGUUUCCUCAGGGCUUGCUGUACUCUAGGGUUCCCUCUGCUGGCUGGAUGACUGAAUGCACCGGGAAUGAUUGGGGAGGAGUAUUGCUUGGUGCUGCUGCAAAACAGAAUGCAGUUUCUGCGCUCUGAUUCAGCGUGAAUGAGGGAAAUAACCGGAUCGAAGAACCUUCCCAGCAUGACGGCAGCCAGCGCUCCAGUGCUGCUGUGUCUGAAAAGACCUUGAUGUUUUCCAAAAUGGAAGAAAAUGAACCGACUUUUUAUGGGCGGACUGGUAGAUCCGCGGCUCAUCUACACAUUAGCAGCACUAACCUGUUGGUUUCCAAUGACCCUCCUGCUUGUCUUCUAAUAGCAUCGGCUGCAGAGAAAGCCAGUAGUGAGCUCCCCUAUCGGACUAAUGGACACUUUCAGACUGGCCUAAUGGCACAUUUUUGGGACAGUGUUGGUCUAGGACAUUCGCUGUAUUAAUGGGAACAAAACAUCGCUGCACAGGGCUGGUGAAGGGAGGGUAGAUUCAGACAUGCUGUUAGAUUAGAUUGUAUAGUACUGGGUUGACCUUUUUUUCUGCAAAAUUAAAUGUGUAUUUAUGUCGG